CCGAGAUUAUGCCUCUUGAGCUAUAAGAUUUCUCUUUCACCAUCAUGCUUCUCUCUCCAGCAUCCACAAGCGCAAGUCUUCCUUCCCAGUCCUUUUGGGGCAAGUUCAAGCCAAAGAACAAGGAAACCGAUAUGCGCGACAAGCAAGCCCAGAUGGCUCUCGCACGGCAGCGUCUACUCACCCUUGCCUAUGGCGACAUGGAGACUAUCCGUAUGCUCCCUAAUAGUUAUGCAGAACUCGAUGCCGUCGCCCGAGAUUGGACAAAGCCACCGCCAGAGGCAGUUUUCAGUUUGCGUGUUCCAGUCGAGUAUGCCUCACUUCAUGCUGCAGUAAGCUUGCAAAAAAGUUUUCAUACGAUCCCAGUUGCUUACGUGUGUUUGAAGCGACUGGUAGCUGGUCCCUACAUCUACCUUACAGGCGAAGACUCGUAUCAAAUUGCAGUCAUGGGUGUACAAGGGCUUCGUGUCGAGAUCGUCAGUGACGCUCCUCCACCUCCAGAUGACCCACCCCCACCUCCUCCGCCGCCUGUUCUUGAAAUGCCCGCUACAUUCAAUCUGGAAUUGACGCCAGGUCAACAUGUCGCACUCGACGUUAUGGUAAACUCUGACGAACUUGACAUGGCCCGCAUGGAGGAUGGGACGACGGUGGAUGGUAUGUUCUGGGGAAAGCUUGAUAUUGUUCACCAGGGUGAUACGCACAAGAUGGAGUUCAGCGGCACGCGCCUGCCUCCCAAUGAAGAAUACACGCCCGAAUUUAUGUUUGACUCACGAGUAAUGACCAAACUCGCUGUUGCUGCCAAGCCCACUACAGCAAAAUGUCAUUUGACUAUACUAUCACCGGCCAUGCAGUAUUGCGAUGUGGUGCUCUCAUUUUCUCCGCUGUGGAAGCUAGGUAUUACCUGGCCACCUGCAGAAGGUGUAGGUGAGAACAAGGUCAAAUAUUUCUUGCGUGUCCAUCCUGGUGGGGCACUGGAGCACUUCGAAAGCGAGCUGGUAUCAACUGCGUUGUACUACGAGGCAGUUCCAGACCCCACAAUGGUCGACCCAAAUGACUACAUAGCUCCUAGAAACGGCUUUGCAAUGUCCUUUCGCGACUUUAUUCCACACCUAAUGAUGGUAUUGGACCAACUAGGAAUGUCUCUGCACGCUCGAACCGCCUUUGUAAACAACAACAUGUCAGCCUUCUCAGCGCACAAAAAUAUCGCCUAUAGAUUCCUAUCGCCAAGCAAAAUUGCGGCUGCCAUUGACAUCACUGUCUCAGCUGAUCCAUGCGUUUUCACUCGGAUAUUUCUAAUCUUCCGUGGACUUAGCGACGAUGACCUUGGACUCUUUUCUGGCGCGGGGGAGAAGGAGGCCAACGCGGCCAACUGGCGAGAAGUGGUUGGGUGGUCGGAGGACUCAAAGGACCCUACGAUGUUUCGUGUGCUGGAGACCUCGGUUUUGGAAGUAUCCUGAGGUUCCUCUCUCUCUGAAUACCAGUUACGCUGCCAUUAUACCUCUCAACUUAUUACCAUCAUUAGUACUCUUCUUUGCUCUGGAAUAUGCUCAUUGCUGUUGUACAUUUAA